AAAAAAUAGUCUUAUUUUGCUUUGAAUUUUCAAAUGAGCCAACUAAUAAGAGACAUCACGUAAUAGAAAAAUGAAUUAUUAAUAUGAGAUUUCCAUCCGUUUAAUUCACACUUUUUUUUUUUUUUUUUUUUUUUUUUUUUUUUUUUCAUACGGUUCACUUUUUACUAUUAAUUUUAAUUUUCAUCUAAGGGAUCACAGGAAAAAAGAGUGGCAGAAUAGUAAUUGAGAAAAAUAACAAGGCUAGAAACCCUACUCUUUCUCAUACACUCAUUUUGACAGUUUAUGAAGUGACGCUCCCUGUUCUCGUUAUUCUCUCCUCCCAAUAGGAACGGGCUCAAGCGUUGCUCUCUCUUGGCGACUUUUCACGGUCACCACAGUGAAUUGCUAACAUGGCGGAUGUAUCACAACAUCCAUCAACAUUUGAGAAGAUACAUGGGCGAUCUAAUCUCCUUUCUAGAAUUUCUCCCAACUUGCAUUCGAGGAAUACUGAUUUAAACAGUCUGACUGGUCCAUACAAAAAUGGAGGUCUGCAGAGUCCUUUGUUGUCAGCACGCCAGGGCACUGGCCUGGAAUUUGUAUCGCCACUAUCUCCAAUUUACGUACAAGCUCCAUCAGAAAAAGGUAUAGGUGGUUUUAUGAUUGAUUUUCUCAUGGGAGGAGUUUCUGCAGCCGUGUCCAAGACAGCUGCUGCUCCAAUCGAGCGAGUUAAGCUUUUGAUUCAGAAUCAAGAUGAGAUGAUCAAAGCCGGUCGGCUUUCUGAACCUUACAAGGGAAUUACUGAUUGUUUUGGUAGAACUAUGAAGGAUGAGGGCGUCAUUGCUCUCUGGAGAGGCAACACUGCCAAUGUUAUCAGAUACUUCCCCACCCAGGCGUUGAACUUUGCUUUCAAAGAUUACUUUAAGAGGCAAUUUAACUUCAAAAAAGACAAGGAUGGCUACUGGAAGUGGUUUGCUGGAAACUUGGCAUCAGGUGGCGCUGCUGGUGCCUCAUCUUCGCUGUUUGUUUAUUCCUUGGAUUAUGCCAGAACUCGUUUGGCAAACGACGCUAAGGCUGCUAAAAAGGGUGGUGAAAGGCAGUUUAACGGUAUGGUUGAUGUCUACAAGAAAACCAUCAAAUCGGAUGGAAUUGCUGGGCUUUAUCGUGGAUUCAACAUCUCAUGUGUGGGAAUUAUAGUGUACCGUGGGCUCUACUUUGGAAUGUAUGAUUCUCUGAAACCAGUCGUCUUGGUUGAUCAGCUGCAGGAUAGUUUUCUGGCAAGUUUCUUACUGGGAUGGGGAAUCACCAUUGGUGCUGGACUGGCUGCUUACCCACUUGAUACCGUGCGUAGAAGAAUGAUGAUGACAUCAGGAGAAGCCGUGAAGUACAAGGGCUCCAUGGAUGCAUUCAAGCAGAUCAUCAAGAAUGAAGGUCCUAAAUCACUCUUCAAGGGUGCUGGAGCAAAUGUCCUUCGUGCCGUUGCAGGAGCUGGUGUGCUUGCCGGUUAUGACAAGUUGCAGGAAGUUGUGCUUGGCAAGAAAUAUGGAUCAGGUGGUGGUGGCGGCGGUUAACAUAAUAUGAUUAUUUUUGAAUAAUUAUGACCAAGCAGUGGUGGUUUUGGUAUUGCCCAAGUAUUUGGGAGUUCCAUGUUAGCAGCUUUUAUAGUGUUGAAACAGCUCAUGUCAAGUGCACUUAUACUGAGUAAAACAUAAAAAAAUUUAAAUAAACUGGCAUCAGUAGGGUUUUUUAUUUUAUUUUAUUGGAUUGUGGCACGGUUGUUUCUCGAUAUCGUUAGGUUCAGUUUGCUGCAUUUUUUCGGCU